AUGCAGGGGAUGUGGUGGCGGCUGCCGCUGCCCCUGUUGUGGGUUGUCGGCUGGUCGUUCGCCUCUCUCUGGAUUUUCUUCUUCAUGAACUCCCCGGUGGCCGAGAAGCGCCGGGAAUUGCUCGUCAGCAUGUGUGACGAGCGUGCCCGCCUGCUGGAGGACCAAUUUAACAUCAGCAUGCGCCAUAUGCAUGCCCUCGCUGUUCUCGUUUCCACCUUUCAUCAUUCCAAGAGCCCAUCCGCCAUGGACCAGAUGACAUUUGCGAAGUAUGCGGAGAGGACGGAGCUACCGUUAACGAGCGGGCUGGCGUACGCGGUGCGGGUGACACACGCUGAGCGGGAGCAGUUCGAGCGUCAACAGGGGUGGAGUAUCAAGAGGAUGUGCUCGUCCGAGAAUUGCUCGCGUCUAGAAGACACGGCAACCAUGGAGAUCAGCGAGCGGGCCGAGGAGUAUGCCCCUAUCAUCUUCGCACAGGACGCCUUCAAGAAUGUCAUCUCCGUCGAUAUGCUCUCUGGCAUUGAUGGCCGCGAAAACAUCCUACGAGCUGCAGAAUCUGGGAAAGGUGUUCUAACUGCUCCCUUCAAGCUAGGAGUACUGAAUAAUCGCUUUGGAGUGAUCUUGACAUACACGCUGUACAAGUAUGAUCUUCCUGCAACAGCGAGGACAGAGGAGCGAAGCCAAGCUGCUGUUGGCUAUUUGGGUGGCAUAUUUUUUAUAGAAGCACAUAUUAAUAAGGUACUAAAGCAGCUUGUUGCGGAUAAGAAAUCCAUCAUGGUCAACGUGUAUGAUACAACUCAUCCGAGGCCAAUCAGGAUGCAUUGUUCUAAUGAUAUAGGUAGUUGCAGCGCUUGCAUUUCUCACAACAGCACGCUCAACUUUGGCGAUCCGUCAAGGAGGCACGAGAUGCAUUGCAGGUUCACGCAAAGGUCGCCAUGGCCAUGGCUUGCCAUAACAUCAUCGUUUGGAACUCUUGUUACUGCUUUACUGGUUGGUUACAAAAUUUACGCUGUUGUCAAUCAUACCCCGAAAGUGGAAAGCAGUUUUCAGAAUAUGGCGGGGAUCAAGAAGCGUGCGUAA